AUGAUCUGGUUAACAGAGCUACAAAGACUAUUCUUUUUCAUUCUAGGAGUAAUUACAUUUUUUGAUGCAGCAUUAUUGGCGUUGGGAAAUGUUUUGUUUGUGAUUGGCCUAGUCCUCAUUAUUGGACCGUUAAAAACAGUUGUAUUUUUUACCAGACCACAGAAAGUUAGAGGGACCAUACUUCUUGCAUUGGGCAUUGUUUUGAUUCUAACGGGCAGAUCAUUUUUAGGCUUUAUUAUUGAAAGUUUGGGUAUAGUGAUAUUGUUUGGUGAUUUCUUCUCUGUCAUUAUUCAAUUUCUAAGAAGUAUUCCCUUCAUUGGCCCAAUUUUUAGACAUCCAGCCGUUGCUCCAAUACUUGACAGGAUAGCUGGUAUCUCUGUUCUUCCAGUAUAA